AUGCCUUUGCACUCGCUUACCAACAAGGAGGUCAUGCACCUCGAGCACCAGUACAGUGCCCACAACUACCACCCCCUCCCCGUUGUCUUCACGAAGGCUCAGGGUAUCUGGGUCUGGGACUGCGAGGGAAACAAAUACAUGGAUUUCUUGAGCGCCUACUCGGCCACCAACCAAGGUCACUCGCACCCCAAGAUCGUCAAGGCUCUCUGCGACCAAGCGCAGACCCUCUGCCUUAGCUCCCGCGCUUUUUACAAUGACGUUUUUGGCCAGUACGCCAAAUAUAUCACCGAGUACUUUGGCUUCGACAAGGUCCUCCCCAUGAACACCGGUGCCGAGGCCGUCGAGACUGCUAUCAAGCUGGCCCGCAAGUGGGGUUAUCAGAAGAAGGGUAUUCCCGAGGACCAGGCCGUCGUUCUUUCCUGCACUGAGAACUUUCACGGACGCACUGUCGGAAUCAUCUCCAUGUCGACCGACCCCGAUGCCCGCCUUGACUUUGGCCCCUACCUCCCCAACGUCGGUCCUAUUUGCUCCAAGACCGGCCGCACCAUCCGCUACAACAACAUCGAGGAUCUAGAGUACGUUCUCGAGCACAAUGGCAAGAACGUCGCUGCUUUCUUGGUCGAGCCCAUCCAAGGUGAGGCCGGUAUCAUGGUCCCUGACGACGGCUACCUUAAGAAGGUCGAGCAGCUCUGCAGGAAGCAUAACGUCCUCAUGAUCGCCGACGAGAUUCAGACUGGUCUCGCCCGUACUGGCAAGAUGCUCUGCAUCGACCACGACAAUGUCAAGCCUGAUAUCAUCUUGCUCGGCAAGGCCUUGUCCGGAGGCGUCUAUCCCGUCAGCGCUGUCCUCGCGAACGAUGAUGUGAUGCUCUGCAUCAAGCCCGGUGAGCACGGUUCGACUUAUGGUGGUAACCCCCUUGGAUGCGCUGUUGCCAUGGCAGCUUUGGAGGUCAUCAAGGAGGAGAACUUGGUUGAGAAGGCUGCCACUUUGGGCGAAAAAUUCCGCGCCGCCGUUUCCAAGAUUCAAUCGCCCGCUUUGGCUCUUACCCGCGGUCGUGGUCUCCUGAAUGCCAUUGUCAUUGACGAGAGCAAGGCAAAUGGUCGUACUGCCUGGCAAUUGUGCCUGUUGAUGAAGAAGAAGGGCCUCCUUGCUAAGCCCACCCACCAGAACAUCAUCCGUCUUGCUCCCCCUCUCUGCAUCACUGAGGAAGAGCUCAUGGACGGUGUCCGCAUCAUCGAGGAGUCUCUUAAAGAACUCUUGGCCUUGACGGACGCCGAGGCCAAGGCUCUUGAGGCUGAGGACGAGCACUAA